CCACAUUCCGUCCAAUUUUCCUUAUCAGAUCUAAACCCUGAUACACCAUCUAAUUCCACAGUCCUCAACCGCCGCCAUGUCCACAAUCACCGAAGUCACCAGUAUCCCUCAGUGGGAGCAGCUGCUCGCCUCUGUCCCCUCUACUACUCUGGUUAUCGUCUCGUUCCACGCUCCUUGGGCCGCGCCCUGCGCCCAGAUGGCCACCGUCCUGUCGACACUCGCCUCCGAAUAUCCCGUCACCGAGCCUCCUGCCACAAAGUGGGUGUCUAUCAAUGCCGAGGAGUUGAGCGACCUCAGCGAAACCUAUGAUGUUACCGCCGUCCCAUUCCUUGUCCUGCUGAGGAACGGUCAGGUCGUAGAGACUGUUAGCGGCAGCAGCGCCGUCAAGGUCCGAACUGCCAUCGAGACGCAGGCGAAGCAGUCGGGAGAGGGCGCAGCGGCUGCUGAUGCCACCAACGGCACGGACGUCGACAACAACGCCGCCGCCGAGGAGGAGGAUCCCGAAAAGAAGAAGGAGGAGCUCUUUAAGCGUCUUGGCGACCUUGUCAAGGCCGCGCCUGUGAUGCUCUUCAUGAAGGGCACUCCCAGUUCGCCUCAAUGCGGCUUCUCGCGCCAGAUGGUUGGUCUUUUGCGCGACAACUCAGUCAAGUACGGUUUCUUCAACAUUCUGGCCGACGACGAGGUUCGACAGGGACUCAAGGAGUUUGCCGACUGGCCAACAUACCCCCAGCUCUGGAUGGAUGGUGAACUCGUCGGCGGAUUGGACAUUGUCAAGGAAGAGAUUGGCAACGACCCCGAGUUUCUCGGCAAGUACAGCGUGAGCACCACCGCUGGCGCAGCGGCCUGAAAAUGGAACAUAUUGCGAGAACAUUUGUGCGCAUCUUAUUUCCACGACGUGAAUGUGGCCCUAGCGAGUCUGCCGGAUACUAUGCCGCUGAGGUAUGAGUAGAAUCUCUUACAAGUGAGAGGUUCCGGCGGUAAGAUAUCAUCAAGCCCUAUGAUGACGAAGUGAUGGCAUGUGAGGAUGAUACAAAACUAUGCAUUCAAGGGAUAAUGGGAAGGGUAGUCAAGCCAAGGCGGAGGGAUAAUCAUGGGGAUUAUGUGACCGCGGGGCAUUACUGGGCGUAUGUUUCUUCGGCCAGCCGUGUAAAUCUUCCUUUGGAUGGUAUCAGGUCGUGUCCAAAAGCUUCACGGGUCGUCGCGUUGGGCAGGGAGGGUUGAGUUGAUCAUGAGGGAGCCGAUAUUAACCGUUUCUCGCCCAAGUAUUCGGAUUAGUUAUGAAAGCAAGGAGAGGAUGAGCUAAUGAUAUAUUCCUCGAGUC